AUGCUACUAAGAUACUUGCUUGUGAUUUCUUUGAUUUUGCUGCUAAAUCUACCUGCUCAUCCUUGUCAACAGAAAAAUCCAAAAUUUCAUCUGUUGCGCAGCAUACCCGGUUUUCCGACAGUUUUCAUAUCGAGUGAUGAAUUAUAUGACAAUACAUUGGAGAGUUUGCAGUGGCUGAUGCCGGUGGACAUACGACAAUUUAAUAUUUUUUCACCCCAAUCGUCGUAUCAGAUUAAUUUGCGCUAUCGCAACAGCAGCUCAGUGAAACGAUACUACGGCCAUCAAUUGUGGAAAAUUCAUGAGAGCAAUGUAGAAAAUAAAUUGCUAAGAGCGUUUUGGCAACGUUUUGGAACUGAGGUGUGGAACAUCAAUCAAGACGGAGUUGACAUCUUAAUUGAUUACAGAAAUACAGCAAAAGCCAAAGAGUUCAUAGCGAAAACUGAUUUCACCUACAAUAUUAUGAUCGACGAUAUCGAGACUGCGAUCGACGAGACUUAUACGGAGGUGAACAACAGCAACGCAAAUAUGCCGUGGUUGGAUAGAGAUAGUACGAUACUGAAUUGGAAUCGCUAUCAUGACGUUGGCGCUAUACAACAAUUCCUGCAGCACAUUUUGGAAACCUACCCUGAUAUGGCGGAGAUUGUGCAAAUCGGUGUGACGCAUCAUAAGCGGCCACUGGAGGUGUUGCGCAUCUCCAAUGGCAACCCCAAGAAUUGGGCAAUUUUUAUCGAUGCCGGCAUGCAGGCACGCGAUUGGCUCAGUCCUGCCGCGCUCACUUGUGCCAUUUCGAAAUUAACCUGGCUGUGGGACCAAGAGCCGGCUUACAUGCGCAACAUUGAUUGGUACUUCUUGCCUUUGGCAAAUCCCGAUGGUUAUCAAUAUUCGCGCAUCACCGAUCGUCUCUGGUCGAAGAAUCGACAUUUCGAUGGUAAAACUGGCUGUUAUGGCGUAAAUUUGAAUCGCAACUUUGAUUAUCAGUGGGGUGGUGCGGGCUCAUCGGAUAACCCGUGCAAGAAUUUAUAUCGAGGGCCAAAGCAAUUCUCCGAGCCAGAAACGAAAGCGAUACGAACCUUCGUGCACAACAUACACGAAUUUUUGGGUGCAUACGUCUCCUUCAACGCUUACGGGCAGGCAAUCACCUAUCCAUGGGGUGACGCAGACUUUGUGACGGACAAUCAACGGAAACUGCACAACGUGGCGCGACGUGCAAUGUUGAAUUUCCGUAAAUUGAAUGAAGCCGAGUACCGUGUGGGUACCAGCUAUCGACUGAAAUUGGCACGCGCUGGCAACUCGGCCGACUGGGUGCAGCAGCGUAUUAAUCCACAAUACGUUUACGAUGUAUUUCUGAAGGACCAAGGGCGCUAUGGGUACUUGAUGCCACCGCAUUACAUUGUGGAAUCGGGUGAGGAGGCAUACGAAUUUAUGAAGACAAUAGCGGCGGCACUAAAUUGA